AUGGACACGGACGCCCAGGACGACGUGCCCACCACCAGCCGACUGCUGGAAGACAUCAGGCGGCGGCUGCUGCGCGCCUUCCAACGGGCGGUGCCACGCGCGGGCUCGAGACGGGCCCGGGAGGCGGCGGAGGCGGCGGCUGAGGCCGCGAGCGAGGAGCGUGGCUGGGCGCGCGUCGAGGGCGCCCUGGCCGGGCUACGCGCGGAGCUGCUGGAAAUGCGUUUCCAAAACCGUCGGCUGGCCAGAACUUUACUGGAUUUAAACAUGAAAAUGCAGCAAUUGAAAAAGGAGUAUGAACUGGAAAUGGCAUGGGAAUCUCAAGGCCCGGAAGAUAAUGCUGGGAACCAGAAAUAACAAAAUGCACAUUUGAUGAUCUGAACCCUAAAAAAAACAGAGACAACUCCAUUCUGAUGGUAACAUUAUGGAUGCUUUGUAUAAGCUUUUAAGGGCAAUCUGGAGACUGAAAACUCAGACGCCACAGGGAAGUGACAGAAAGCAUCUAAGAGAAGGCAAAGUGGAACAUGGUGUGUAAUCAAGUUUUAAAUUUAUUCAUUGUUUUGGCUGAGAAAUAGAUAAAAAAAUAAUGUAUCGAAGAGUGCCUUAAUACCAAUCCCCAGCUUAACUUUCUGCCAUUACCUGAACUUUCAGAAUCUGUGCUCGUUUAAUGUGAUUUUUUUGGUUUGUCCAGUGUCCAUCCAGUAUUCCUCAUUUUUU